GGCUCAUGUGACAGUUUCAGGCUUGCAGAGUGUUAGCACUGCCUGUGUGUAGCUAUCGCCAGAAACAGUUGAUGUUAAAGGAUUAGUACACAGAGUUUUGUAAGCAUUACAAAAUCAGUAUAAUGCAUCUUCUUUCGUGUCUUCUCAUUCUCCUGCCAGCAGUUGUGUCCACUUCUCCAUUUGGCUGCCAGCAGGCUGUCAACUGCCACCUGCCGAGCUGUUUCUGUAGCACAUUCGAACACUUUAUGAAUCGCAGUGAUAUUCCACAGAUGGUGUAUUUUGGCCUAGACGACGCCGUGACCGGAUCCGCCUCUGGUUAUUACAAAACCCUGUUCCGACGUGACCGAAAAAAUCCGAACGGUUGUCCAAUAACUCCGACAUUAUACAUCUCCCACAAAUAUACCCAGUACGACGUAGUAAGAGAGUAUCGCGAGCUCGGUUACGAGCUGGCCGUGCAUAGUGUCACGCAUACCAACAUUAACACAGGGCCGAAAGUAUUGCAAGAGGCACGCGAUCAGAAGGAAAACAUCAUCAACCUUGCUGGUGCGAAGCGAGAAGACGUUGUUGGCUGGAGGAGCCCCUUCCUACAGACGGCGGGAGAUGUUCAGGUGGAAAUGCUGCAGCGUCUGGGGUAUGAAUACGACAUUUCACUGACCAACAAACGUGCACACAUGCGUGACAGUAGCCCCUUCCCCUUUACACUGGACUAUGGUUGGCAAUAUAAUUGCCAGAUUCGGCCAUGUCCCACACAAAGUCACAAAAGCUUUUGGGAAGUCCCUGUAAACGCAUUGCGGGAUUUCAAAGACCAAUAUUCGUGUGCUUAUGUUGACGGUUGUUACAACAGACCAGCUACCGAGGCCCAGGCCUACAAGUACAUAAUGGACAAUUUCCUCAGUCACUACAACGGUAACAGGGCGCCUUUGGGAUUCAACAUGCACUACGCCUGGUUCAUGUCGCCAAAUAAUUUACGUGCCAUGGACAGGGCCAUACACGACAUGAUGCAGUACCACGGGGUCUACAUUAUCAACGUUAAACAGAUGCUAGAUUGGAUGAAAUAUCCGACUAAAAUUUCUGAACUUUCCAGUUUUGAACCCUGGGGAUGUGGUCUAACGACUCCAAAACCAACUACAACUACUACAACGACGACGACAACAACACAAACAACAACGACACCAAGACCAACAACGACGACAACACCGAAACCAACGACGACAACACCGAAACCAACAACACCAAAACUAACAACGACAACAACGCCACCAAAACCAAUUACAACAACAACACCGACAUCAAUAACGACGACAACAACUACAAGACCAAAACCACCGACGACGACAAGGAUACAACUACCAUCAACAACGAAACCACGCUCACCAGGUCCUAUACCUAGCGAUAGUUGCCAACAGGAAGUAAAUUGCCACCUGCCGGAUUGUUAUUGUGCUGGAACUAAUAUACCGGGAGGACUUCCGGUAUCAGACACUCCACAAAUGGUGUUCUUUACCAUGGACGGUGCGGUUAAUUAUCAGGUUUAUGGAAAGCUAAGUAAACUACUUCCGGUUAAUCGGAAGAACCCUGACAAUUGUCCGGUAAGUGCUACAUUUUUUGUCUCUCAGUCAGGUACGUUUAGAAUGUACCUUAAACUUCUGAAGGACCGUGGAAUGGAGAUUGCAUCCAAGGGCUAUAACGGGGUACAUUAUAACGACCAGCAUGUUCUUAACGAUGAAAUGUAUACACAACUUUACGACUUAAGUAACUUGGACAUCAAACCGAAAGGUUGGAGGAGUCCAAACUUAAAGCCAUUGGGGGAUGGUCAGUUUGAAAAAGUCAUGAAAUAUGGUUACCUUUACGAUUCUACGUUAACUGCCCCCCGAGAGCACACGGGUGAUAAGAUCUGGCCAUUUACAUUAGAUUACGGGUGGAAGGAAUCGUGCGUGAUACCAGACUGUCCCAAGUCUGCCUAUCCCGGGCUUUGGGAGGUCCCUAACACACCUAUCAUAGACUACCGUAAUCAAUAUAUCUGUAACUAUGUGGACGGCUGUAUGUUCUCUCCCCCUACAGCUAACGACACAUUCAAUUUCCUCUGGAACAAUUUCAAAUCUCACUAUCAAACAAACAAAGCUCCGUUUGGAAUACAUCUCCGCCAUAUCUGGUUUUCACAUCCAUUUUUUACCAAAAACUUAGAGGGGUUGCGAAUGUUUGUUGACAAACUGAGUACAAUGAAUGACGUUUAUAUUCUGUCAAUCCAGAAUAUAAUUGAAUGGAUGAAAAAGCCGACGUCUUUACAAAACCUCCAUGUGAGCUCUCCUUGGAACUGUUAAUACCACUGUCCCGGACCUUUUAUACAGCAGUACUAUUCUGCAGGGUCCCAAGUGUAAGUUUUCGUUUCCUAGCGUUCACAAUGGUUAUCCCGUCGACAUAGUCUCCUAUUGUCAUUGUUUAUAAUAAGCAACGUUAAUUUGCAGUCAUAUACUCAGUAUACGAUAUUUGAGGUAAAUUAUUUUGUGGUCCGUUAAGUUAUAAACAAAGAGAAAAUAUGAGGGAAACAACAGCUUAUAUGUAUUAGGACUGAAGGACAUUUUAACUUGCAAUAUGCUUUCAGUACGCAUCUCCUUACAUAUUUACAUUGUUAGGAGUCAGUAAGAUAUGCACGAACUAAGAUAUGCACGAACUAACAAAAACUGUAUGGCCUGCUGUGUCUUAAGACACAACACAUCACAAACUGGUGUCAUUCAUAACACAGAUGUAUAAUUAAGGUGCUGAACAGGUCACAUACUUUGCAUUUAUCCAUGACCAUUUAUCCAUGACCAUUAAUCAAAAUGUUAAUUUAUUUAGACAAAUGUCAAGGUGUUUAUUGUGAGUUGUUUGUUGUCGUUGCUUAUGGAAAUGUAUUCGUCCCGUGUGAUAAACGCUUUCUUAAUGUACUGUAUUUACAAUCAAAUUGUAAAUCAAAAUAUACAUGUGUUGUAGUUUAGUUCGUCUGAAAUCCAUUUACAACCAAGGCUGUGGCAGUAAAAACGGUUUCUUUCCUGUUACCUUAGUAUACUUGUGAACACUGAAGUUGAUAACGAACGUUCUUCUACAAAAUGUUUCUGUUACAGAUAUAGAGAUUACUAUAAGGUCAUUUUUUCUUUAAAUCCUAUAACGAGCUGCACUAUAUGACCAUAAGUAUAUCUUAAUGCUAAAUCGAAUCAGAUUAUGCUUUCAAUUUUGUACCAAAAUGAUAUUAUUCCGAGCAUCCAGCAUUUCUUUUAAACACAUUAGGAUUGUUUUGUAUUUACUAGUCUACGAAAACCAUUUGUUAAACAUGAAUUAGUGCUGCUAUAUAUUUAUAUUUAUAUGGAACCAAGACUUAUGGUAUUUCAGUGUGAUAGAAUGUCAAAUAGAGAAGCCUUGAAGUAGUCCCGACUAUCAGACAUGUACACCAAGCCUGAUGUGUGUUUGGUAUCACUUCUGUUAAAUAGUUCCAUACAUUACGAUCGAGACGUUGUUUAUGAUGAUACUAAUUUACACUGCCUUGGCUAGGUAUAGGUUGUGUUUAUUAUUUACCACUGGGAAUAAGACAAUUCAAACAUUGAGCGACUGGUAUUUGUGGAUCUAUGAAUUUUUAACGGAAAGACGAUGCUAUUUUAAACUGACAUUCAUUAUCGUUCAAAGUUAAUUGAUAAAAAAAAAUGCUUGAUUUAAUAUAUCUUAUAACAAAUUAACAAUUGUCUAAUAUGAAGGAACGAAUCCAUUGGAUUAGAUUAUAUCAAGUCAGAUAUAAGUGACCUAAUUGUGAAGCUACAAUGUCUGUCCUAAUGUCUGUCUGGUGGCAGGUCAUUAAUGUUCCAAGGUACAAAACCAGUUCUCAGUAUAGGCCAUUGCUAUUAUUCUCCAGUAUGAUAGAAAUUGUAUGCUUUAAUUGUACAUUUUACAUGUGAAAUUGUAUGCUCAAUUGACAUUGAUUAAACACGCAGAAGCUUGUUACAAAUUAGUAUUUUUAAUGCCGUAACAGAAUAAUAAUUAUAUGAUAAUUUCCUUAUGCCUUUUUGAUUUAAUUUAAAUGUUAAUUAUUCAUGUACAUGUAAGCAUUGCAUAACAGUUUGUCAUUUAACAUCUGAUGAUUCAUCAAAACAUGUUUUGUACAAGAGAUAAGAUUCUAAUAAUACACGGUUCGUAUUUACAAUGUGCAUGAUGUGUCUGGAAAUUCUACAGGAUUUUCCUUAUCUUCUGUGGUGUCAUAAUUUAAUGAAAUAAAUGCUUUUAAGAGA